GCGGGAACAGCAACAGCACUCAGGUAAACAAUCGCUUUACGUGUGGUUGGAAGUCGCCUUUUAUAGGCGCUUGGCACUGCUGCAGCGAUGGAUUCUGAUCACAACUACCUGCAUACUGAUGACUGAUCUCGCCUCCAUCACUAUUUCUCAUAUUCUCAUUCGCCCUUGUCUACAUUGUUCGUGUUGUCUGCCUGUGAUCCUGUCGAUCCAUACCCCGACAUGUCGGGCCGAUGAUCCCAUGCUACCACUCAUUUCCUUUCCGCCCUGUCCACAAUUUUAUCCCGACUAUCCACGGCGGAUCAUAUUGGUUCCGCCUGCGUGAUAUUCCUGCGACUCUAUGGUCUGUACUCGCCCGUGUUCCCCAAAACCUAUAUGCCCAAGCAGAACAAGGGACCCAACAGGCAGAAGUUAUCAGCUAUCAUGGAUGAACUCAAGCCCUCAAAGGACUCGAAAGCAGCCAAAUCAAGAACGAUUGACUUUCAUGCAUCAGCCAAGGAGAAGAAACGAUAUCCACCCAAUGUCACACGUAAUACGAAAUACAACAUCUUUACUUUUUUGCCCGUCGUCUUGUGGGAACAGUUCAAAUUCUUCUUGAACCUGUACUUUUUAGUCGUGGCACUGUCGCAGUUUGUGCCAGCACUGAAGAUCGGGUACAUCGUGACAUAUGUGGCGCCACUAUGCUUUGUGCUGGCAGUGACAAUAGGCAAGGAGGCAUUGGAUGAUAUGAAACGUUAUCGUCGAGACCAGGAGGCCAACUCACAGCGCUACCAAAAACUCACGCCUUCAGGAUUCAAAAUGGUUCCUUCAUCGAAAAUCAAAGUCGGAGACCUGAUUGUUAUCAACAAAAACCAGAAUGUGCCUGCAGAUAUGGUCCUUCUGCGAACCACUGAGGAGUCGGGCGCGUGUUUUAUCAGGACAGAUCAACUGGACGGAGAAACCGACUGGAAAUUGAGACUUGCGGUGCCUUCUUGCCAGGCACUGCCCAGCGAUGAAGCGCUGCUCGAAUUGAACGCCUCUAUCUAUGCGGAUUCGCCUCACAAAGAUAUCCACAGUUUCAUCGGCAACUUCACAACAGAAGGCGACGGACCUGGUCCGCACACGGAACCAUUGAGCGUGGAUAACACAUUAUGGACCAACACCGUUGUGGCAUCAGGAAAUGCUAUUGGGUUUGUCAUUUACACUGGAAGGGAUACCCGUGCGGUGAUGAACACCAACCAUCCAAAGACCAAGAUCGGUCUGCUGGACUCGGAGGUCAACCGUCUUUCUAAGAUCCUGUGCGCCUUCACCCUGACUCUAUCGCUAUCAAUGAUUGCCCUCAACGGAUUCGAGGGGCUGUGGUACAUCUACCUGUUCCGGUUCUUGAUUUUGUUUUCGUCCAUCAUCCCCAUCUCGUUGCGCGUGAAUUUGGAUAUGGGCAAGACUGUGUACGCAUGGCAGAUCAUGAACGACAAAGAGAUUCCAGACACCAUCGUUCGCACAAGCACUAUUCCGGAGGAAUUGGGACGCAUCGAGUACUUGCUGUCAGAUAAGACUGGAACUCUGACCAAGAAUGACAUGGAGCUCAAAAAGCUGCACAUGGGAACAAUGUCCUACAGCGUAGAUACUAUGGACGAGAUCUCGACACACUUGGAUACUGCAUAUUCUCAGCAAUCGAGCGGUUUCAACAGGGCUCGUGGAAUUACAGCGGCUCCCUCGCAUGUCGGAGGCAGCAAAGCUCGUCGUGAUAUUUCCUCCCGUGUACGCGAUAUUGUCCAGGCUCUGGCUAUAUGUCACAACGUUACGCCAGUUGAGGAGGACAAUGGGAGCAUCACCUACCAGGCUUCUUCCCCCGAUGAGGUGGCUAUUGUAAAGUGGACUGAGAGUGUGGGCUUGACGCUGGUUCACAGGGACAUCAACAAUAUUCACAUUAGGAACGCCAGCGGUGACAUUUUCGAAUUCGAGAUUCUUCAAGUGUUCCCUUUCACCAGUGAGACCAAGCGCAUGGGAAUCAUUGUUCGGGAUUUGGCCACAGGCGAGAUGACGUUCUACGAGAAGGGAGCGGAUGUAGUCAUGGCUAAGAUUGUGCAGUAUAACGACUGGCUGGAGGAAGAGUGCGGUAAUAUGGCGCGCGAAGGAUUGAGAACUUUGGUCGUGGCAAGGAAAAGGCUAUCUGAGGAGCUGUUUCAGGAGUUUGAGGCAAAAUACCAUGUCGCCAAGACCAGUAUUUCGGACAGGACCAGCGCUAUGAAUGCGGUCGUGAACGAAAUUCUGGAGAAGGACUUGGAAUUACUGGGACUGACAGGUGUGGAGGACAAGCUACAGGAUGGAGUCAAGUCGACUCUUGAACUUUUGAGGAAUGCAGGACUGAAGAUCUGGAUGUUGACGGGAGACAAGAUUGAGACAGCCACCUGUAUUGCGAUCUCAUCCAAGCUUGUUGCCAGGAACCAAAGCAUUCAUCAAAUCGCUAAACUCAAAAACCCCUUGGAUGCACAGGAUGAGCUUGACCUCCUCAGAGGCAAGAAGGAUUGCUGUCUCGUCAUUGACGGGGAAUCGAUCCAACUCUGUCUGGAUUAUCUACGAGAGGAAUUUAUUGAGAUUACGGUCCGAUUGCCAGUGGUUGUCUGCUGUCGUUGCUCGCCCACACAAAAGGCCGAUAUCGCGCGCUUGAUCAAGGAGUAUACAAAGAAGCGUAUCUGCUGCAUUGGCGAUGGUGGAAACGAUGUCUCUAUGAUCCAGCAGGCUGAUGUUGGCGUCGGUAUCGUGGGCAAGGAGGGCAAGCAGGCUUCGCUGGCUGCAGACUUUUCGGUCAACCAGUUUUCAUAUCUGACAAAGUUGCUGCUGUGGCACGGACGAAACUCGUACAAGCGCUCUGCUAAGCUGUCGCAGUUUGUAAUCCAUCGCGGUCUGAUAAUCUCGAUCAUGCAGGCGGUGUUCUCGGCCAUGUUUUACUUUGCGCCGAUCGCGUUGUACCAAGGAAUGUUGAUUGUGGGGUACACGACCAUCUACACGAACGCACCUGUGUUCUCGUUGGUGCUCGACCAGGAUGUGCCUGAGGACAUUGCACUGCUGUACCCGGAACUGUACAGGGACUUGACAAAAGGGCGAUCAUUAUCGUACAAGACGUUUUUCAGCUGGCUACUGAUCAGCGUAUAUCAAGGCGGUGCAAUUAUGAUUUUGUCGAUUUGGCUGUUCGAAAAUCAGUUCGUGAACAUUGUUUCGAUCUCGUUCACAGCCUUGGUCCUGAAUGAGCUGUUGAUGGUUGCUUUGGAGAUCAACACAUGGCAUCGACUUAUGAUUGUGUCCGAGGUUGCCACGCUUGUCAUUUACGUCGUCUCGAUGGUCUUUUUGCCGACGUACUUUGACCUCAACUUUAUCUUGACAAGGACAUUCGUGUGGAAAGUCGCGGUGAUUACGAUGGUGAGCAGUUUCCCGCUUUAUGUGAUCAAGGCGCUCAGGAGGAAAUUUGCGCCACCAAGUUAUUCAAAGCUGACGGGAUAGGACCGUCGAAAAAGCAAGUGAAGAUAGAAAAAUAAAUAAAUAAAGAGAAAAGAAAGAGUGGCA